CUCCAGCGCCCCCUGCCCGGCCGCCGCGCCCCAGCCCGGCCGACCGCACUGCCAUGCGCUGCUACGAGGACGAGGGCAGUUGGAGCCUGUCCUUCUCGGGCGCCGGCUUCCUGGGGCUCUACCAUGUGGGCGUGACCCGCUGCCUCAGCGAGCGCGCCCCGCACCUCCUCCAGGGCGCCCGCCGCUUCUACGGCUCCUCGUCCGGGGCGCUCAACGCCAUCGCCAUCAUCGCCGGCAAGUCCGUCGACUUCUGCUGCUCCCAUCUCCUGGGCAUGGUCAAGCAAGUGGACAGGCUGAGCCUGGGUAUCCUCCACCCUGCCUUCGCACCCAUCGAGCACAUCAGGCAGCAGCUGCAGGACAGCCUGCCCUCCGAUAUCCACAUCGUGGCCUCCCAGCGGCUGGGCAUCUCGCUGACUCGCUGGCCGGAUGGACACAACAUCAUAGUCACCGACUUUGCAACCCGUGAUGAAGUCAUCCAGGCUCUGGUCUGCACCCUCUACUUUCCUUUCUACUGUGGGACAAUUCCCCCCGAAUUCAGAGGGGAGCGCUACAUCGACGGGGCUCUGAGCAACAACCUCCCCUUUGCGGACUCGCCCUCCACCAUCACUGUGUCCCCUUUCCACGGGACAGUGGACAUCUGCCCCCAGAGCUCAUCGGCCAGCAUGCAUGAGCUGAAUGCCUUCAAUGCCAGUUUCCAGAUCUCCACAAAGAACUUCUUCCUGGGGUUCGCCGCCCUCGUACCCCCCAGCCCUGAGGUGGUAGCCGACAGCUGCAGACAAGGCUACCUGGACGCCCUCAGGUUCCUGGAGAGACGCGGACUUACCAAGGAACCAAUUCUUUGGAUGUUGGCAUCAAAGGAGCCCCCACCCCCGGCUGAUGGGAGCCAGGACACCGGCCACGACAGAGGCCAGAAGGGGGACCUGUCUCUCAACUGGGCGGUGCCCAACGUGCUGGUCAGGGACGUGCCCGACUUUGAGCAGCUCUCACCAGAGCUGGAGGCGGGCUGGCGGUGUGGCUGCCCAAUAUGCCGAGCGACUUGUGGUGGAUGUGGGGUGUGCUGCAGAGCUUCGCCCUCGAGAUCUACUCCAGGUCGAAGGACCAGCUCCUCCAGCUGGUCAGCCUGCCUAUCACCAGUCCCCUCCAGCUUGGGGCAGCUCUUCUUGUGGACCUGGCCAAGGGCUCAGACCUCCCCAUCAGGCCUGAGGGGCAGUAAGCAGGGCCAGCCCACUGACUGGCCUCCCCUGGUCCUUGCCUUGGCCCUCACGCUGUGCCCAGAUCUGCCCCCAGUCCUCGGGUCCUGACUAGUCUUCUGGAGCUCAGAGCUCCGUGUCGUGCUGUCUGCUGAACGGAGGGCGGAAGGGACAGCCCCUCUUUGCCCUCCACUCUUGCCCCUGACUGUGUGGGCGGUGGCCCCCAGGAGCCAGAAGGGGUCCCACCAGCCCCUCCGUAGCCCCUGUUCCUUGGAGCCCCUCCCUGGGGCCUGAGGACUUCUUUUUUGGGAAAGGCCCAGCCUGUUGGUAUGUCGCUUGGUAGCUGUGUCCAGGUCACUCUGACAUCAGAGGGAAAAAGGAAGGUAGGAGCUGAGGCACACAUCUUGGUUUUUGAAUUUCCAUGUUGAGGACCCUGGGCCAGCAUCUACUGAGAAGCAGGGUUCGGGUACUUUUACCGAACCAUUUUCAGAGUGCUUUACCGAAGAUCAAGUGUCAGUGAUCAGAAGGCAGAUGGAAAUGACGGGCUGGGGUGCGCCUCCCCUCAGGUCCUCUCUCUGACUUCCUGUGUCCUGCACUUGCCCCAGCGUGACCCCCAUGGUCUGCCUCAUUCCUACAGCCUUGAUCUCUGGCUUCCUACCGGGUCCAUCCAGCAGGAGCCCCCGCAGCAGACGGGACGGUGGGAGGAGAGAGGGGGCGUCAGCAUCUCAGAAGCUCACCUGUAUGUGUCCUGUUGGGGUGCCCAAGGGCCCCAGGCUGCCAGCACCGUGACACCACCCCCUUAUUCUUUAGGAAAGUUCAUGGUACAGUAGUGCCUGCACGCCCCCCCCGCCCAGGCCCCUUUCUUUCUCAGGCAGAGAGGAGACGGGGACACCAGCCCUCCUCUAGUCUCUCCUGGGAGCUGACCCCCUUUCUGUCCUCAGAGCAGAACCCACAGCGUGUCUUGGCCAGGCCCUUAUGAGACACUCAGCCUGAGCAGGGAUGGGGGGAGGUGGGGAAAUGGAGGCAGGUCCAAGGGAAAAAGGGAGAAAAGGAAUAAAUCUAAACAAAAGAGAUAACAAGUCAUUCCUUUGUUCAUUCAUUCAUUCAUUUAUUUGAUUUUUGCUUAAUGGGUGGUAGGCUCUGGGGUCACAGCAGUGAAUAAGACUUACAUUCUGGGGGCACCUGGGUGGCUCAGUGGGUUGAAGUCUCUGCCUUCCACUUGGGUCAUGAUCCCAAG